UGCACUGUAUGUCGCAGAGUGACACAUGCAGGUACACUUCAAGGAAAUACAUGGAGGACUGCGCGUGCAAAUGGAAGUCGUCUAGUCCGGCAAGAAGUGUUGUAAAGUCGUCGGCGUAUACCAUUUGAGCAUGCAUUAAUGUUCACUUUGGAAGUGUAUAGCUCGUGUUGUUGCGUCCAGCCUGAACGUUCAUGAAAAGAUAAGGAGAACGUAUGAGUUUGUGAGCGGAAGAGGCUCCGCUGCCCGCGCGCUGACGCACGGCACAGGUGCGCACCCGCCAAACUUGACGCGUUUGAUCGUUUUUUUUUUUUUUGACUGAAGCCGUCAUGGAAAAAUCCAAAAACUUCAGAAUCGACGCCCUGCUCGCCAAUGAGACCAACCGCGUGAGCCGAGACACCUCCCCCGGUCUGAGCAGCGACAGCCCCGCAGGCAGCCCGGUCUCUUGCCGCCGGGCGGACACCCCGUCUCCACGGGCCGCACAACUUCAAGGAUUAAUGCACAAACCGGGUCUUCUAAAUCUCCCACAUCCGGGACUUGCCUCCAUUCCCGCCAUGUAUCACGCGCCCAUGUACCCGUUCUCCGCGUUGGGGGGCCAGCACCCCGCGUACGCAUACACCGGCUUCACACAACUCACACAGUCCUACCCGGAGCACCUGAAGGCGGCUGCCAUGGCGGGAUCUCUGCCCCUGGAGCACUGGUUCCGCGCCGGGAUCAUGAUGCCGCGACUGCCGGAUUACACCAUGGGCCCUCAGUCUGGUCUGCUGGGGAAGUGCCGGAGGCCUCGCACCGCCUUCACCAGUCAGCAGCUGCUGGAGCUGGAGAACCAGUUCAAGCUCAACAAAUACCUUUCCAGACCCAAACGCUUCGAAGUGGCCACCUCACUAAUGCUCACUGAAACACAGGUCAAGAUCUGGUUCCAAAAUCGCAGGAUGAAGUGGAAACGCAGCCGAAAGGCGAAGGAGCAGGGCUCCGCCUCGGCCCAGUCUCAGGCGAAGCACCCACGCGGCGGGGGGAAAACUUCCACGGACACGUCAAGUGAGAGCCGACCAAACGAGAACCCAGACGACAGAGGGAUAGAGCUCGACCCGGAGGACGGAGACGAGGAGGAAGAGGAGGACGAGGAGGACGAGGAGGAAGAGGAGGAUGCCCGCGGUUUUCCUGUCGGCAUGCCGCGAGCCACGGACUUCUUGCAGCGCAGCAGCGACGCGGGCUACAGUCCACGCAGCCCUUUCUCCGACGAGGAGCUGGAGGAGGUUCACGCAGGAGGAGGUGACAGGAAGAUCGGGGCCGGACUCUGAACAGGAACCCCCCUCCUGAGAAUUACAGACACACGGGGACAUGUCUGUGUUUGUGGUCACGGGCUAUUUCCACGCACCAGAAAAUGCCACAAAUAUACUUUAUAGACGAUCUGUGAAUAAGAUCUCCUCUAAAUCCUGUACAUUUCGUAGCAUGCCAAGGAAAAAAAGGUUCUCGUUUCCUUCCAAAAUGUUGGUGUUUUCGUGUGGUCACCUGGUGUUAGCGCCCUCCACUGGCGGCAGCGGCCCUCCACGUGGCCGCAGGAUGCGCGGUCGGAGAGAACCAGCUGUAAGAAGAAGAAACAUCUGCCGCUCCAGAUGUCUCAUGUAUUACAUUUACUUUUGUGCACUAAUGUGUAAAUAUUGGUGGGAUUUUUUUUGUUUUGGAUGUUUUAAAUGUGUUCUCGUCACUUACAUGUCCAUUAACUUAAUUUAUUUGAAUGACUGCAAAGAUGAAUCACACGUGUAUUUGUCUGAAAUGUGUUUGUGGUGUACCUGUGAAAUACGAAAAAUAUAGAGAACAAUUAAAA